AUGGAAUCUUCUGAACCUUCUACUGUGGAGAAGCCUUUAGUGAUGGAGGAGGAGUGUGUAGAGAACGAUUCAGAAGUGCAUGAAGCGGCGGAAUUAUCCGUAGCACGUGACACAGCGGAUCAGGAGUGCUCCGAAGUGCAUGAAGCGGCGGAGUCAUCAGUAGCACAUGACACGGCGGAUCACGAUCGUCAUGAGCCAGUCGUCGAGUAUACUCAACGUCCAAAGACUAUUCCUGUUAGAUUAUCUGGAAGAUCUUCUACACGCAGAGUCCAGGAAACAGAACAGUCUGCCAAACGACCGAGACUUGACCCUAAUCUUCGUGUGACGGUAGCUCUACAUAGUGACAACCCUUCUCUACAGAAAUGCCCAUUUCCAGACUGUGGACAUAGGGAUAGGAAGAUCAAGCGUCAUGUCCAGCGUAGUCACCUUCCUAAGAUUUUCAGCGACAUAAGACCACUGCGUUCCUUGGAUCAGUCCUCUUUGGCCCAGCUGCAGUACUUGGCGUUGGAAUCUUUGGUACGAAGCGUUCUAGGACAUGAUGCUGAUUUACUGUCUGCUAUGGAUUAUGUGAACCGCUCAGGAGUGCUUACCCGAGGUACAACUCUUCACCCUGACACCGUCAUCUAUAUGCAGAGAUUGUGUAGAUGUCAAGGAUGGUUAGAGCCACCUGAGGGUUUCACAUUAGCGCCACUUAACUCACCGGCAGCCCUUUUUCACUGGAGGUGUUUGGUAGUACUUUUGUCACCUUUGCAGCCCAUGCAGCGCGAAGAAUUUUGUACACAUGGACGUGUUACAGGGGGCAUUACUAGUACUCCAGAUGCCGAGGAGAUUCAAAUUCCGGUUGUUGACUCGUCAACGGAAGAUGAACUUACGUGUAUUGAUGUCUGUUAUGGGUCUGAUGUGGACAUCUCCAGAGAACCUCUACCAGUAUCUCAGAGUGACCCAUGUAUUGUUCAUGAGAUUUGCAGUUCUCAGUCAUCUUCCAUGUUAGAAGCUUUUGACAGUCAUUUUCAUCUUGACCGGACUUGUUCCCGCAUAUGGAAAGCUUCUUCAGGGAAAUCUGUGGAGGAUUUGCUAUCUUACUCCUAUUCAAGCGCUCUUCGUCCUAACCUCGACGUUGCAGUUUCAGGAGGAGUAGUUGUCUAUAGUGAGCUAUCAACACACCCCAAACUUGCGGAUAUGCAUGGUACUUGGAGGAUAGCUCUAGGAGUUCAUCCCAAGCAUGUUGAUGAGUUGACACCAAAUAGAUUCCUCCAUAUGAAGAACUUGUUAGACAGUCCAUAUGUUGUGGCGUUGGGUGAAAUUGGAUUAGACAGAACUGUCCCUGUGAAGCUGUGGAGACAUCAAGAUGAAGUUUUCCGCCAAGUGCUCAAGUUGACCCGUAAGAAUAAAGUCCUCGUCCUUCACUUGCGUGGGAUUGCUGCGGACAGGAUUGGAAUGGAUGUACACGCGCGUUGUAUCCAAUUACUUAGGAAAUCGUGUGAUCCGGACCAACCUAUACAUCUACACUGCUUCACGGGUGACCCUGAGUUAGUCAAGGAGUGGAUGGAUAGCUGUUCUAACGUCUAUUUCGGAUUCACAGGUGCUGUGACGAACUUUAGUGCUGAUCAAGUUGCCGGUUUUCAGUCCGUUCCAAUGAGUCGCUUGCUGCUGGAAACAGAUUCCCCAUAUAUGACACCAGGAGGAGGAGCUGUUAACACUCCAGCGUUCAUUGGUGACAUCGCGACCGAAGUUGCAUCAAAACUACAAGUUAGCGUACAGUACAUAUUGAAAGAGACCGUUAAGAACAGUCGUCGCCUCUACAAGUUUUAGAUGACAUGUUUAGGGGACUAUUCCUGCAGAAUUACAAGUCUGGAUUAUCUUCCGACUAAGUUCAUGUGGAAUGUCUUAAUAUAUUGUUUGCUUAUUUUCUGCAAAAUUAUAGAUCUGGAUUGUUUUCCGGUCAAAUUAUUGCAGAGUAUUGUAUUUAUUGUCAUUAUCUACAAAUAUGUUAAAAGUAUAAUUAACGUAUUUUAUGUAUAAGUAUUAUUACGGAAACCUGUUAAAUAAAACGGGGAGGAAUGUGGUGAAAUUGCUUUGUUUACGUAUCGUCACAUUCUCCCUAUUGUCAUGACCUCUGACCCUGGCCUCUCCAUAUACGGGGUAUGUCACGUGAUGCCCCGUAUUACCAAUACUGAAGCUUCAGUCCUGGUCCUGAUGCCUUAGCGUGAACACCACUCUUUACCUGUUUCCGGUUAUACCUGUUUGUUUACCAUUGAUGUUACCUGGACUCACCCCCUUUACUAUUUAUCCAUGUACCUUGUUUGCUGUCGC